AUCUUCUCUCUUUCUUUCUCUCUCUAUCUCUGUGCUUCCAUUUUCGUUGUCAUUAUUCUCUCUCUGAAAUUCUUUCUCUUCGCUGUUAGGGUUUCGUUUCCUUUACUUCAAAAUCAAAAGCUCUGCUUCACCGGAUUAAGUGAAGGUAGCGGUGAUACCUUCAAUUGGAAAACUCCGAAGCUUGGAUUUUGUUUCCUUGAUGGGGCUAAUGCUGGUGAUAUUAUUGGCAAGAAGAGUAAUGAUUUUGCCUAAUUUGAUGAUUGAAUCCAUGAAAAUAUAAAAAGAUCCGUGCCUUGAAUGAAAUUGUUAUUUUCUGCCUUGUUAUCGAAUGCUAAUUUUAGUGCGUUUGAAUGAGAUGGGUUGAAGAGAUCUGUGUGCUUGCCACAAAAGUAAAGUAGAAAUGGCUAUUGCUGGUCUACACAGUGUGUCUGUGCUCGACUCUCCUUUCCUCAGGGACUCCCAUUCCCAGUCGUCUAGGAGAGGGGGAGAGGGAAGACGGGGAAGCACCCGGUCAUCUUCACUCUUGCAAAUGUGGCGAGAGAUUGAAGAUGAACAUGUGGUGAAUCAAGUUCAAGGAAGGCCUGGUGAUGUACCUCUUGAUCAAAGGAGGAAUGGGUUGAUUGCUGAGCUCUCUCAGGAAGAUAGACUGGAUAUCCAAGAGAGAGGGCAGGGUCAUGUUUUAGAAGAUGCAGUUUUGGUUGAGAAUGAAUCUGAAACAUGGUCACAGUCACCAAGUCAUAAUGAGUCCCAUGAAGAUCACGAGGAUUUAAAUAAUUCUAGCUGUGAAAACUCUUCUGAUUUAGGAGAAGUUGAAAGGGAAAGAGUUAGGCAAAUUUUCAGGGAAUGGAUGAAUAGUGGUGCCAGGGAUCAUGUAUCAAGUGGGUCUCGACGAAGUAGUGGUUCAAGGAGAGAAUGGCUUGGGGAAACUGAACAGGAAAGGGUGAGAAUUAUUAGGGAGUGGGUACAAUUGAGUAGCCAGCAGAGAAGUGUUUCAUCUGGGGAAAACAGGGAAGAACCAUCUGCUGAAAUUGGUACACAAAUUGAACGUGUUCGUGAUGGACUCACUGUUAACCAGAAUGGGGGCCAAAAUGAGCAUACACGGAGGGGCAUACGGAAAUUAUGCGGCCGACAGGCUAUCCUUGAUAUGCUUAAGAAGGCUGAAAGAGAGAGGCAAAGAGAAAUUGAGGAUUUGUCAGUACAUCGGGCUGUAUCUCAAUUCCCCUAUCGUAAUCGAAUUCAGGCAUUGCUUAGAGGCAGAUUCUUGAGAAAUGAUAGACCUGUCGAUAAUAACAGGCCCCUAUCUGUUGCAGAAAGUGAAUUGGGCUUCUUGAGGCGUAAGCAAACUGUAUCAGGUCUAAGGGAGGGAUUUAUCGCUAGAAAGGAGAAUUGUGGUUGCAGUCAAGCAACCAGCAAUGUAUCUGAUACCUCGUCAAAUGUUGAUAAUAUUGAUUUUAGCACUAAUGAACAAAUGGGAUCAAACAGUUCACGUUUAGUCCCAAUUGCUCAUUCUGAGCAGUCUGACCCUAAUGACAGAGGAAGCGAUGGUCUCAGGGUAUCAGACAGCCAGAGCUGUGUACAGGGUACCACAUCUGAGAACCUAAAUUGCCAAGAAUCUAAUGCUCAAGUAGGAGAUCGAAUGCAACAUUUUCCGAUUGAAUCACUAGAUUGCCAAUCAUCAUUCAGUGCUAGUGUUGAAAGAGUGAACAACACCGAGCAAAAUGUUGAUGUGUUGCCUAUUGAUUACGGUGCUAAUGAAAUUACCCAACAAAGCUUGCGAAUUGAAGAUUCGCAGCAUAGUAAUAACCAGGAAUUCAGCGAGGUGCAUAUUGAGCAUUCUGGGUUGUGUGAUAUAAAUAGUAACGAAAACAAUUCUUCAAAUCAUGACAUUCAUAUGGAUGGUAAUGUUGACGAUGUAAAUUGGAAUGAAUCUAGUACUCUGGAAGUAGAACAGCCAGAAGAAGCUUUUGAAAAUGAAGGAAGUGACUGGUAUCAGAAUAAUAUCGAAUGGAGAAAUAGCGCAGAGGAAAAUGCGGAUGGUAAUCAGAUCAGUAACACAGGAAAUGAGUGGCCAGAAAACACUUUGGGAAAUGCGGAUGGAGAAAACUCUCAUCUGCAAGAAUCUCAUGAGGCAUGGCAAGAAGAUGGUGGCUUCCAAGAGGCUGUGGAAAAUUGGUUGGGAGGACCUUCAGAUCAUGAAAAUGCUCCAGUUGGUAGAAUUCGAGGAUUUUAUUUUCCUGAAGAUGACAAUGUGUACAGUGUUGAACUCAGGGAACUUCUUAAUAGGAGAAGUGUCUCGAACCUCCUUCACAGCAGUUUCCGGGAUAGUCUGGAUCAGUUAAUACAAUCAUAUGUUGAAAGGCAAGGUAAUGCACACAUUGACUGGGAAUUGCAAGAAACAACCCCAUCAUCUGACUCGGUAGAGCAGGACCUUGAACAGCAAAGUAGAGAUCAAAUUGUUGAUCAGGAGGGUCCUGUUAAUAGUCCACUUGAUCUGCCCUCUUUACCUAUACCGCCUCCUCUGCCUCUAUGGGACCAGCACCACCACCAUCGUGACAACUGGUCACAGAAUGAGAUAAAUAAUCAGCGUCUAGGAAUUGAUUGGGAGAUUGUUAAUGACUUAAGAAUUGACAUGGCUCGAUUGCAACAAAGGAUGAAUAACAUGCAGAGAAUGCUGGAGGCCUGUAUGGAUAUGCAGCUUGAGUUGCAGCGCUCUAUAAGACAAGAAGUUUCUGCAGCCCUAAAUCGCUCUGCUGGUUCGUCUGAAGUACAUGAUUAUUGCGAGUCACCAGAAGAUAAAUCUAAAUGGGAAUGUGUGAGAAAAGGUCUUUGCUGUGUAUGCUGCGAAAGCAAUAUCGAUUCUUUGUUGUACAGAUGUGGUCAUUUGUGUACAUGUUCAAAAUGUGCCAAUGAGUUGCUCCAAAGCAGGAAGAAAUGCCCUAUGUGUCAAGCACCUGUGGUGGAGGUGAUAAGGGCUUACUCUAUACAAUAAUAUGACAUAAAUAUAAAAGGUCACACUUUUAACAAAAUACAGGAUUCUAACAAGUUUUAUCUCCUGGACGUUUCCGGGUACUCUUUUUUCGUUUUUUUUUUUGGUUUCUUACUGUGAUUAUUGUAUUUAUGUGGAGUGAACCAAUGGGACACAAGAUGGCAUUUUUUUGGGGCCAUGAUUCUCAUGAAUAAAAAUUGUACGUCGUUUUUAAA